AUGAAUUAUGUAAAAGAUAAAACAUCAUUUUUUUUUAAAAAAAAAACAAGUAAAAGCGAGAAUAGGAAUGAAAUGGACAUUUUUUCUACUGAUAAGAAUAAAUAUGAACACAAUUUGAAUGCAAGCAGUAGAAGCACAGAAUUAAAAUCAGAAAAGAUUAAAAAUAAUUCAUAUCAUAAAGAAAAAAAAUGCACUAAUACCUUAAUUAUUAAAGAUAAAAACAACGAUGAAAAUUGUAUGAAAAAAAAUUUAUCAAACAAUCAAAUAAAAUUUAUUGACAGGAAUAAUAGAUCUUUUGGAAAAAUAAGUACAGUGAUAGAUAAUAAUGGAAAAGAAAAUAAAAUAAAUGAAAAUGCACUGAAAGGUAAAAAUAACAAUAUGCUUUUUAAAUAUAAAAAUUAUUAUAUAAAUUAUUAUGAAAGGUGCAUUAAUAUAAAAGAAUUAAAAAAAAAAUACGAAGAAAAUCCUAAUUAUGCGAAAAUUUAUACAUUCAAUGAUGAUAUAAUUAUUGCAGAAAAAAGUGUAUUAAAUUUGUUAUCAUCUUAUAAAAAAUUGAAAUUAAUUAAUUAUAACUCAGACAAAAAAGAAACAAAAAAUAAUAACACAGAUAAUGCAAUUAAUACUAACAAAAAUACAAAUAUAUUUAAUUUAAACGAUAACAAUAGAAAUGAUUUAUAUAAAAUCUGUGCAUAUAAUUUAAAUGAUGGUAAUGCAUAUAAUGUGGAUAAUAUAAAUAAUUUAAAUAAAAAUAAAGAAAAGAAUGCAGAUAAAAAUAAUAUAAACUAUUUGAAAAAAAGUAAUGUUAUUAAUGUAACUGAAUGUAAUAUAAAUAAUUUAUAUAAGAAUAAUAAAAAUGAUUCACAUAAUAAUAAUAUAAAUAAUUUGAAUAAAAGCAAUAUUAUUAAUGCAACUAAUUGUAAUAUUAAUAACUUAAGUAAGCAUAGUGUAAAUAAUGUACAUAAUAAUUUAGAUAAUUUAAAUAGUACAAAUGAUAUAUAUGAAAACAAUUGUAUAAAUAAUGAAUUCAAAAAAAAUAAUGUAUUUAGUUCUCACGGCUAUAUAUAUUAUUAUAUGAACAAUUUUGAUAUAUUUAGUAAAAAUUUACUUAAGGUUUAUUUAAUAGAUAAUAAUAUUAAAAGUCAAUAUGAUGAAAAAGGAAAAGUUGACAACAGAUAUCAUAGUAACAACAACAACAACAACAAUAAUUAUAAUAAUAUUAACAGUAAUAAUAUAAUUAAUAUUAAUAAUAAUAAUAACAAUAAUAAUAUUAACAGAAAUAAUAUUAACAGUAAUAAUAUUAACAGUAAUAAUAUUAACAGAAAUAAUAUUAACAGAAAUAAUAUUAACAGUAAUAAUAUUAACAGAAAUAAUAUUAACAGAAAUAAUAUUAACAGAAAUAAUAUUAACAGAAAUAAUAUUAACAGAAAUAAUAUUAGCAGAAAUAAUAUUAACAAUAAUAAUAAUAAUAAUAAAGAAAAAAAGAGUAUUACUGAAUAUAACCACAUAUUAAAAAAAAAAAAUAAUAGAAGGUCUCUCAUUAAUAAAAAAAAUAAUAAAUUAAUCAAAAGAAAAAAAAAAAUAUAUAAAUUUAAUAUACUUAAUAAAAGAACAAUAAAUUAUAGCCGUACUUUUCACAAUUCUAAGUUUAAGUAUAUUUUCCCAAAUAUUCUAAAAAUUAAUUACAGUGAAUCAUAUAAAAAAAAAAAAGAAUUGAAAAAAAAAAAUAAAAAGGAUAAAAAUAAUCAUAAUGAAUUCUCAAAUAAAUUUAAAAAUAAUAUUAAAGGCAUAUUUCCUGUAUGCGAUGUUUUAACAAACACAUGCAUUUUAUUGGAUGAAAAAGGGAAAACAAAUGUUAACAAGGAAAUAUCAAAAAAUAAGUUUGCAAUUUUACACGAAGAUGAUCCAACAAAAAAAGUAGAUAAUGAAAUAAAAAAAAAACUAAAAGUAAGAAAAUCAGAUAUAGAGGAAUAUAGAAUAAAAUUAGAUGACAUAAAGAAAAUUUUACAAAUAGAAAUUAAAAAAAAUGAAUUUAUUCAAACAAAAAAAUUAGAAUAUUAUUGUAAUGUUUACCAUAAUAUGAAGGAAAAAUUGAAAUAUGAAAAAAGAACUUUAAAUAUAUUAGAAGAACAAUAUUUAGAUGAAGGAAGAAAAAGUUCGCAAAUAAUGUUGAAUACAUUUGAAAAUAUUCAUAAAAAAAAAAUGGAAUCUUAUGAAGAAAAAUUAUUAGAUUACAAUAAUUAUGUAUCUCAUAGAAUAAUGAAAAAUAAUUUAGAUAAUUUAAUAGAACAAACAAGUAAAAAUAAUACAAAAGUAUUCUUAGAAAAAGAUAUGAAUGCAAAAGAUGUAAAAAAUAAAAAAUUAAAUGAUACAUUAAAUAAAAGGUUAACACAUAGAAGAGGAAAAUUAUAUAUGGAUAGAAUAAAAUUAGAAAAUAAAAAAAAAAAGUUAGAAGAAAACCAAAUAAAAUUAGAAGAUGAAAGAAAAAAAUUAAACUUCGAAAUAAAAAUGUUAGAUGAAGAUAAUAGAAAAUUAGAAGAUGAAAGAAAAAAGUUAGAAGAAGAUAAAAUAAAAUUAGAAGAUGAAAAAAGAAAACUAGAUUUAGAAAUAAAAAAAAAGUUAGAAGAUGAAAGAAGAAAAUUAAAUGAAGAAACAAAAAAAAAAUUAGAUGAAGAUAAAAUAAAACUAGAAGAUGAAAGAAGAAAAUUAAAAGAAGAAACAAAAAAAAAAUUAGAUGAUAUAAUAAAACUAGAAAACGAAAGAAAAAAAUUAGACUUGAAAAUAAAAAAAAAUUUAGAAGAUGAAAGAAUAAAAUUAGAUUUAGAAAUAAAAAAAAAAUUAGAUGAAGAUAAAAUAAAACCAGAAGAUGAAAGAAGAAAAUUAGAUGAAGAUAAAAUAAAAUUAGAAGAUGAAAAAAGAAAACUAGAAGAUGAAAGAAGAAAAUUAAAAGAAGAAACAAAAAAAAAAUUUGAUGAUAUAAUAAAACUAGAAAACGAAAGAAAAAAAAUAGACUUGAAAAUAAAAAAAAAUUUAGAAGAUGAAAGAAUAAAAUUAGAUUUAGAAAUAAAAAAAAAGUUAGAAGAGGAUAAAAUAAAACUAGAAGAUGAAAGAAAAAAGUUAGAAGAAAAUAAAAUAAAACUAAAAGAUGAAAGAAAAAAUUUAGACUUCGAAAUAAAAAAAAAGUUAGAAGAUGAAAGAAGAAAAUUAGACUUCGAAAUAAAAAAAAAGUUAGAUGAAGAUAAAAUAAAACUAGAAGAUGAAAGAAAAAAAUUAGAUGAAGAUAAAAUAAAAUUAGAAGAUGAAAAAAGAAAACUAGAAGAUGAAAGAAGAAAAUUAAAAGAAGAAACAAAAAAAAAAUUAGAUGAUAUAAUAAAACUAGAAAACGAAAGAAAAAAAUUAGACUUGGAAAUAAAAAAAAAGUUAGAAGAUGAAAGAAUAAAAUUAGAUUUAGAAAUAAAAAAAAAGUUAGAAGAGGAUAAAAUAAAACUAGAAGAUGAAAGAAAAAAAUUAGAUGAAGAUAAAAUAAAACUAGAAGAUAAAAGAAAAAAAUUAGAAUUAGAAAUAAAAAAAAAGUUAGAAGAAGAUAAAAUAAAACUAGAAGAUGAAAAAAAAAAAAUAGACUUAGAAAUAAAAAAAAUGAUGAUAGAUGAAAAAAGAAAAAUGCAUUUAGAAAUAAAAAAAAAGUUAGUAGAUGAAAGAAAAAUAUUAGAUUUAGAAAUAAAAAAAAAGUUAGAAGAAGAUAAAAUAAAACUAGAAGAUGAAAAAAAAAAAUUAGACUUCGAAAUAAAAAAAAUGAUGAUAGAUGAAAAAAGAAAAAUGCAUUUAGAAAUAAAAAAAAAGUUAGAAGAUGAAAGAAAAAUAUUAGAAUUAGAAAUAAAAAAAAAGUUAGAUGCAGAUAAAAUAAAACUAGAAGAUGAAAGAAAAAAAUUAGAUUUAAAAAUAAAAAAAAAGUUAGAUGAAGAUAAAAUAAAACUAGAAGAUGAAAGAAAAAAAUUAGAAAGUAUAAGAAUAAAAGUUAACGAAUUAAAAAAUAGUCUAGAUGAUGAAGCAAAAAGGCUAAGCGAAGAAAAUAAAAUUCUCAGUAAAGAAAAAAUAAAAUUAGAAAGUGAAAACAAAAAAUUAGAAGAAGAAAAAAAAAAAUUAGAUGAAGAAAAAAAACAUUUUUAUUUGCGAAUAAAAGAAGUAGCAAAUCAAAAAAAAAUAAUAGUAUCUAAAAAAGGUAGGAAAGUUUUAAAUAAAAAUAGAAAAAGAGUAAAAUAUAAAAAAAUAAAUUUUGAUAAAAUAAUUAAAGUAAAAUUUUCACAUGAAAAUAAAAAAUUACAUAUAAAAAAAAACCAAUUAAAAGAGCAAUUAAUAGGAGAACUAAAAAAUAAAAUUGAAAGUGAAAAAAAUAUUUUAAAAUGUGAAAGAAAAAAAAUAGACGAUGAAAAAGAAAAGUUGGUUGAAGAAAAAAAGAAGUUGGAUAUAGAAAAAAAAAAUAUAUAUGAAGAAGGUAGAAAAAUAGAAAAACCAGAAUUAAAAAAAAAAAUAGAAGAAUACGAAAAAGAAACAAAUGUAGUUAUCAAAAUUAAAAAUAAUGAAAAAGAUAUAGAAAAGAAAAUAACGAAUGAAACUGAAAAUAAUAAUGAAGUUGAAAGAAAAAAGGUAGAAAAUGAAAUUAAAAAUGUUAUUAAAGAUGAAAAAAAAAUAGACUUGAAUAUUAAAGAUAAUAAUGAAAAAAAUGAAAAACAAAAAGUAGUAAACGAAAAUAAAAAUUUUAUUAAAGAUGAAAAAAAAAUAGACUUAGAUAUUAAAUAUAAUGAAAAAAUUGAAGAAGAAAAAGUAGUAAACGAAAUUAAAAAUAAUAUAAAAGAUGAAAAAAAAAUAGACUUAGAUAUUAAAUAUAAUGAAAAAAUUGAAGACGAAAAAGUAAUAAAUGAAAUUAAAAAUGAUAUAAAAGAUGAAAAAAAAAUAGACUUAGAUAUCAAAGAUAAUAAUGAACAAAUUGAAGAACAAAAAGUAGUGAAUAAUAUUAAAAAUGACAUUAGAGCUGAAGUAAAAAGAGACUUCGACAUUAAAGAUAAUAAAAAUGUUGAAAGAAAAAAGGUAGAAAAUGAAAUUAAAAAUGAUAUUAAAGAUGAAAAAAAAAUAGACUUAAAUAUUAAAGACAAUAAUGAACAAAAUGAAGAAGAAAAAGUAGUAAAUGAAAUUAAAAAUGAUAUAAAAGAUGAAGAAAAAAUAGACUUAAAUAUUAAAGAUAAUGAACAAAUUGAAGAACAUAAAGUAGUAAACGAAAUUAAAAACAAUAUAAAAGAUGAAAAAAAAAUAGACUUAAAUAUUAAAGAUAAUAAUGAACAAAAUGAAAAACAAAAAGCAUUAAAUGAAAUUAAAAAAGUUAUUAAAGAUGAAAAAAAAAUAGACUUAAAUAUUAAAGAUAAUGAACAAAUUGAGGAACAAAAAGUAGUAAAUGAAAUUAAAAAUGAUAUAAAAGAUAAAAAAGAAAUAAAUCUGAAUAUUAAAUAUAGUGAAAAAAAAGUAAUAAAUGAAAUUAAAAAUAAUGAAAAUGUUGAAACAAAAUUAGACAUUGAUAUUAAGGAUAAAAUAAAAAUUGAAAAAAAAAACAUAAUUGAUGAAGUUAAAAAUAAUGAAAAAUAUGAAAUAGAAAAAAUAGUGCAUGAGAUUAAAAGCAAUAUAACAAAUGAAAAAGUAAGUGAUGAAAUUAAAAAUAAUAUAAAAUAUAAGGAAAUAAAAUAUAAUGAAAUUAUGUGUAAUGUAAAAAACGAAGAGAAAAAUCUAAAUAUGAAUAUUAAAAGUAAUAUAAAGAAUGAUGAAAAUAAAAAAAAUAUUGAAGUUCAAAACAAUACAAAAAAUGAAAAAAUAUUUUUUGAAAGAAAAGAUAAGAAAAAUGAAAAAAAAAUAAUUAGUGAAAUUAAAACUAGUAAAAAUUUUGAUGAAAAAAAAAAUAAUAUAUGUGAUAAAAUUAAGCAUAAUACAAAAGAAGAAAUAAAGAAAAAUGUAGAUGAUGAAAUGAAAAAAAAUGUAAAAUAUGAAAAAAAUGAAAAUAGGGAAGUUAAUGAAAUUAAAAAUAAUUUAAAAAAUGAAGAAAGAAAAAGAGAUGAUGAAAAUAAAAAUAAUUUAGAAGAAAAAAUAAAAAAGGUUGAUCACUUAAAUAAAAGUAGUGGACAAAAUGAAGAGAACAAAAUAUAUGGAGAAAUUAAAAAUAAUGUAAAGGAAAAUAACAAAAUUGAAAGCAAUACAGAAGAUAAAGAACAAAAAAAAGAAGACAAGGAUGAUAUUAAAAGCAUUUCAAAGAAUGAAGAAAAACAAAAUACAUAUAAUGAAAUAAAAAAAAAAAGUAUAGAAGAAGUAAAUAUACCAUAUAUAGAAAAUUUAAUAUUUCCUUCUGAUGUUAAGCUAAUAUACGGAUGCUUAUCUAAGAUAAAAAAUAAAGAACAUAUAAAAGUGAAAAAUAAUUCCACUGCAUUAUUUAAUAAAAAUUUAUAUAGUGUUGUUAUAUUGUAUUAUGAAUUUUAUUAUUAUAAUAGUGUUAGUAAUUUUAAAGUUGAUUUAAAUUUUUAUGAAAUCAAUAAUGACUUAAUUUGUUUAAUAGAUGAACUUUUCAGCAUACAUAAUGUAAAUUUAGAAAAGAAAUUUAAUAAUAGUACAGAUGAAAAAUUAGAAAAAUUUGAUGAAUAUCUAUUAGAUUAUAAAGCUUUAGAGGGUGAUAAAAAUGUUUUAUUUUUGGAUUUUCAAAAGAUGAAAAUGAAUUAUUGUUUUGUAGAAAUUGAUAUGAUAUUUAGUGAUUACAAAAAAAAGAAUUUAUUACAAGAAAAUAUUGUUAAAGAUAGUAAUGAUAAUAAUAACUCAUCAUUUAUAAAUGAUAAUAAAAAAGGAAAAAAAAAAAAAAUAUCUAAAAAAGUAGAAAUAAAUGAAAAAAAAGAUGUUAUGAAUAUUUUUUUAGAAAAGGAGCGAGUUAAAAAUGAUAUAAAGAAAAACAUUAUUGAGAAAAAAAAUAGUUUAGAAGAAAACAUUAUAGAUAAUAUAGAUGGUAUUGAAAAAGAACCUUUACCAAUAAAAAAUACAGAUUAUAUAAAAGAAGAUAGAAAAAUAUCCUUUAAUUUUUUAUAUAAGGAACAACCAUAUAAAGCUUUAUUAUUAAAAAGAAAAUUGAAUAUAAGUUCUUCCGAUGAAUUAGAUGAAAAAGAACAAAAUAAUUUAAAAGACAAAUUAAAUAAUUCAACAAAUAAUAUCAUAAUCAAAAAUAAUAAUUAUGAUAAAUUUAAUAAAAAUAAAGUAGGUAGUAAUAAUGAAAUAGCAAAAAUGAAAAGUAAUGAUGUUAUUGUAAUCGAUUCACCUCAACCUGCAAAACCAUUAUACAUACCAAAAGAAUUAUUAAAUAUAACCUCUAUGCUGAGUUCUCAAACAUUAUCAAUUCAUAAUAUAAAAUCUUUAAAUCAAGUUAAAUUCUUUUACGGAUAUAGUAAAACUAAGAAAGAUUUAUAUAAUUAUUGUUAUUCAUACUUAUUACAUUUUAUAAACGGAUUUGAUAUAUUUCCUGUUGAAGGAUUCAAAUUUCGACCUAUUAUUAUUGAUGGGGCUAAUGUAUGUGCAAAAUUAAUAAAUGAAAAAAGUUUUAAUUUUUAUGACAACAAUUUAACAACAAUUUAUGAUUGUUAUUUGUUACAUGAAGCAUAUUUAUUUUUUAAGAAAAAAAAAGUAGAAGAUAUCAUUAUAGUAUUAAAUCCUGUAACAAAAAAAGGGAAUGAAUAUUUUUUAAGGAAUAAAAAAUUAUUCAAUUAUUCAUACCUUGAGCAUUUGAUUAAUUUAAAUGUUAUAUUAAUAAGUAAUGAAAAAUAUUAUCAUAAUUGUAACGGAGAAAUAAUUAAACAAAGAACAUACGAUGAUGUUCUAAUAUUACAAAUAGCUUCUUAUAGAAAUGGUUGUGUUAUCUCAAAUGACAAUUUUACAGACAUAAAGAAAGAUGAAUCAUAUAAAGAAAUAAAAGAUAUUAUAUCUUAUUAUGUAGUUAAGCAUAAUUAUGAUAAACAGAAAGGCUUCUUUCUAGAAGUAACAAAAAAACCAUUAAAAUAUAUAUUAAAUGCAUUGUUUCAAAAACUUACAUAA